AUGAGUGAAACCAUUAGCUGUACGCCGGAGAUUGCGACGUUCGAACCGCCGCAGCUCCAAUGCAACGAAGAUAGCUGGGGUCCUUGUGAGUUGCCCGAAGCGUUCAAGGACAUUCCUUAUCAGCCGUUCAGCAAGAGCGACCGUUUGGGAAAGAUCAGCGACUGGACGGGCACGGCCCAGACGGACAAGAAGUUUUCGAAUAAGUACGCGUCGCAGUUCGGCGGAGGCAGCCAGUACGCUUACUUCCACGAGGAGGAUGAGACGACAUUCCAUCUGGUUGAUAGUGCGAGGAUCCAGAAGCCGCCUCAUCAGCGAGGACGCUUCCGUGGCAAUAUGCGUAACAAUCGCUCGGGUCGCGGCCGUGGUGCCCGCGGUGGUGUACAGGUCGGUGGCAUGACGACCCUUUCCAAGAGUGCGUCGAAGCUGCGUGACCAGCGUCGUGGUACCACGCGCAAGUGGGGUAUGCGUGGCCCACCGCCAAAGAUUCGCGAUGCGUCAGUGACGGUGCGACCGGAUUGGGUAACGAUCGAAGAAAUGGACUUUCCACGGCUGGCAAAGCUGUCCCUGCCAAGCGUGAAGGAAGGCGAAGACAUCAUAACGUGCGGUACGCUCGAGUACUACGACAAGACGUACGAUCGUGUUAACGUGAAGAACGAGCGGCCGCUGCAGAGCGUCGACCGUAUCUUCCACACCGUCACGACGACAGACGAUCCGAUCAUCCGCCAGCUGUCAAAGACGGUGGGAAAUGUGUACGCGACCGAUGCCCUCUUGGCGACAAUCAUGUGCUGCACACGGUCGAACUACUCGUGGGAUAUCGUGAUCGACAAAAUUGGCGGCAAGCUGUUCAUGGACAAGCGCGACAAUACCGAGUUCGAUCUGUUGACUGUCAACGAGACGGCCAGUGAUCCUCCGACCGAGGAUGGGGCACCGCUGAACGCGCCGCGAAAUUUGUCCAUCGAGGCAACGUUCAUCAAUCACAACUUCAGCCAGCAGGUGCUGAAGAACGGCGAAAAGGAUCCGAAGUACAAGUUCGACAAGCCCAACCCGUUCAUCGGCGAUGAGGAGGACGGCGAGGUGGCCAGCGUUGCCUAUCGCUAUCGUAAAUGGGAUCUAAACAACGGUAUUACGCUGGUGGCCCGGUGUGAGCACGAUGCGGUGCUGAAGAUGCCCCAGGGUGACAUUCAGUUCCUGACGAUCAAGGCACUGAACGAGUGGGACUCGAAGAUCGCGAAUGCCGUCGAGUGGCGCCAGAAGCUGGAUACGCAGCGUGGUGCCAUCCUGGCCAACGAGCUACGCAACAACUCGUGCAAGCUUGCCAAGUGGACGGUGCAAGCGCUGUUGGCCGGUUCCGAUCAGCUCAAGUUCGGUUACGUGUCCCGUGCGCACGUGCGUGACUCGUCCAAGCACGUCAUUCUGGGCACGCAGCAGUUCAAGCCGCAGGAGUUUGCGAACCAGAUCAACCUGAGCAUGGACAAUGCUUGGGGUAUUUUGCGGUGUAUUAUCGACAUCUGCAUGAAGCAGAAGGAUGGCAAGUAUCUGAUCAUGAAGGACCCGAACAAGCCGAUGGUGCGGUUGUACGACAUCCCGGACAACACGUUCGACUCGGACGGCGAGGGAGAGGAGGGCGAUGACGGUGAGGCUUUCCAGCCAAUGUACGGCUAUACGGCUGCUCCAUCCUCGAGUGCUGUUGCUGCUCAAUCCAACACGAUGGCCACUGUGCCGGAACAGAGCGAAAAGGCGACCGCUUAA